CCGAGUUGCUUCCGGGUCGCGCUCCCGGAAGCAGGAAGUUGCCCAUCCUCCUCGCCCGGCGGCGGCUGUCCCCGAGGCGGGAGGAGCCCGAGGGGGCGCGGGCCCUGCAUAAAUGGGAUCUCAUUCUGUCUCCCAGGCUGGAGUGCAGUAGUGUGAUCAUAGCUCACUGCAGCUUUAAACUCCUGGGCUCAAGCAGUCCUCCUACCUCAGCCUCCCAAGUAGCUGGGACUACAGGAAAUUACCAGUAGCAGCUCUCCUGGCAUUGGUGUCAGAAAUCUUUUUGGAUGUCGUUAGUGCUUCAGGGUCCCAUUAGGAUAUAUUGUGCUCUAGACCAGUGCUCCUCAGUGCUUGGGAACUAGUGCAGGGAUUUUCUGUUGGAAGACAUGGAUCUUGCUGCCAACGAGCUCAGCAUUUAUGACAAACUUGCAGAGACUGUUGAUUUGGUGAGACAGACAGGCCAUCAGUGUGGCAUGUCAGAGAAGGCAAUUGAAAAAUUUAUCAGACAGCUGCUGGAAAAGAAUGAACCUCAGAGGGCACCCCCCCAGCAUCCUCUCCUUAUAGCCUUGUAUAAGGUUCUCGCAACCUUGGGAUUAAUCAUGCUCACUGCCUACUUUGUGAUUCAACCUUUCAGCCCAUUAACACCCGAGCCAGUGCUUUCUGGAGCUCACACCUGGCGCUCACUCAUUCAUCACAUUAGGCUGAUGUCCUUGCCCAUUGCCAAGAAGUACAUGUCAGAAAAUAAGGCAGUUCCUCUGCAUGGGCGUGAUGAAGACAGACCUUUUCCAGACGUUGACCCCUGGUGGACAAAGGACUGUGAGCAGAAUGAGUCAGAGCCCAUUCCUGCCAACUGUACUGGCUGUGCCCAGGAACCUCUGAAGGUGAUGCUCCUGGAAGACGCCCCAAGGAAAUUUGAGAGGCUCCAUCCACUGGUGAUCAAGACGGGACAGCCCUUGUCAUCUGAGGAGAUUCAGCAUUUUUUGUGCCAGUACCCCGAGGUGACAGAAGGCUUCACUGAAGGGUUUUUCACCAAGUGGUGGCGCUGCUUCCCUGAACGGUGGUUCCCAUUUCCUUAUCCAUGGAGGAGACCUCUGAACAGAUCACAAAUGUUACGUGAGCUUUUUCCUGUUUUCACUCAGCUGCCAUUUCCUAAAGAUGCCUCUUUAAACAAGUGCUUCCUUCUUCACCCGGAACCUGUUGUGGGGAGUAAGAUGCAUAAGAUGCAUGACCUGUUUACCAUUGGCAGUGGUGAGGCCAUGUUGCAGCUCAUCCCUCCCUUCCAGUGCCGAAGACAUUGUCAGUCUGUGGCUAUGCCGAUAGAGCCGGGGGAUAUCGGGUAUGCCGGUGCCACCCACUGGAAGGUCUACAUUAUAGCCAGAGGGGUCCAGCCUUUGGUCAUCUGCGAUGGAACCACUUUGUCAGAAUUGUAAGAAACAGAACUGUGCACAGGAACAGCUUCCAGAGCUGAAAACAAGGUUGAAGGGGAAAAAUAAAAACAAAAACAAUGAAACUGCUUUCCAGGGGCUGGUUACUUAGUUACCUGCCCUUUGCAUGCAUGUGUGAGCCAGCUGUGAUCUGCCAGGCAGGGGCCAGGGCCUAGCCCUCCUGACUCUUCCCACAGAUGGCUCAGCAAAGAUUGAGCCUGGCCACUUGGCUAGGACACUGCCAGCACCCAUCUGAGACUGAUCUCUUCCUUGCCUUUGGGCACUACAACCUUGAUGCUGCCCCUCAGGCAGGAAACAGGGCUGGUGCCUUCCUUCACCUGCAUGGCCAGCUUCCUUCCCUGGCAGCAGAGAGGGCAGCCAGCAGGUUCUGACGUCAGAACAUCCUUUACCAGUGGGCCUGCUUGUUCCCAUCUUCCUUGCCACAUCACCCUGUACUUUUUGGAAAGCCAUGGCUGAUGGCUGUAGUUUCCCAAGCAAAAUGGAAUCUAGAACCAGUGGGAAAAGGUCAGAUAACUUUGAAUUACAUCCAGGAAGUGCACUUCUUUCCCAUUGUCCAUGGCCCUUGGAGUCUCUAUGAUACCAGGCUGGAGUCUGAUUAUAUAAUAAUUAGAAAUGGUAACUCCCAAAGUAAUGCUUUCUUCCAUUUCAUCGGGUUCUGAUACCCGUAUCAUACUCCCUCCCCUUCUCCCUUGCCUAUCUGGAUGGUUUCUCGGAAGCUCAGCUCUAGUCCCUCCUGCCUUGGCGGGACCAGAGUCCACUACUGCUGAGGCAGCACUGCUCUUGUCAACUGUGUUGCCUUUACCACAUGUCUUCAGAGGGGUAUGAGUUAGAGUAGCUGGCCUGGGGAGAGGGUGCCUCCCUUAAUUUGAUCUUUAGGGUCUGAGUAUCUGCAGAAAAGAUGUUUUACAGAUGUGUCAAGGCUGAUGUUGUAAUGUGGUUGAGGGAGGAAAUCUAGACCCAAAAUGUUUGUCAGCUGGGCGUGCAGCUGACUAUGUGAUCUCUGUCUUAGAAUGAUUUCUCUCUUUGUGCUGGGAAACAAGGUGAGGUGUUUUUCUUCUUUGUAAUAAUAUAAAGCUGUGUGUUUCUGAUUGGAUGGUUCACUCUGUGCAUUGUUUUCUCCCCAGUGCUUUUGGUGUGUACAAUCAGAAGGUGUAAAUAAUGAUGUUCUCCUCUUCCUUUUUUUCCCCUCUCUUUAUUAUUCCUUUAUUGACACCACUGGAUACCUGGCCUCAUGCCAUUGCCAAGAUGAAGAAAAGACAAACUCCACUUUGGCCUCUAGUUCUCAACUGCAGAAAUCAAAGGGAUACAGUAGGUGUCUGGUUAGAAUUAUAGAUCAGAGGCAGACAGUGAUGAGUGAAGAUGGUUGUGAGGCCCUCCUCAUUCCUGGAGGAGCCUGCACCUCUUCCCUCAGGCCCUCUUUCUCUGUGCAUCUCAUGAACAGCAGUGGGGAUCAUUAUCAUAGAGCACUUGAAUGGCCUGUUUGUCUGUGGGCUUGCAAAGGACAAGCAGAGUUCACAGAGCUCAGGGUGGAAACAUAAGAGCCUCCUCCGCGGGCUUCAGUGAAACUAGAAUGAGCUGUACCUGAGGGAAUUUUUUCUUAAUCAGCCCCUUGUGUGGAUGAAUACAGGAAAAACAAAACUUUUGUACAUAUAAAAGUCAUGCUGCUAUGCAGUUAUGAUUUAGGAGGUUUUAAGUCAGAGGGAUCAUCUAGAGGCUGGCUUUGUGCAAGCAUUUACAGCCUUCUGCUGCAUCCUUACCCUGGCCACACGUGGGGAAGGGCUGUAUAUAAACAAGUGCUUUAGAGCCCCCUGAGAGUUUUUAAAAAUUAUACCCGUUAACAUAAGAGUUUCUUAGGAACAAAGCAACUAUUUUGAUGAUUGAGAUCUCUGCUUUGUUUCUGUGAGUUACUCUGUGUUCCUUUUCCCAUUUCACUCCUGCCCUUUUAAACGUCCAUAAAAUACCCACUUCAGAUCAAAACUUUAGAAACUAAGAAACCUUUGCAUGUGUUGGUAUUCUGAGGCUUUCCCUUGGAAAGUCCCCUAAAUCCCAUUUUUUUUUUUAGUUCAACAAAAAUGAUUGUAGCAGAAGAUAAGUAGAGACUUUUGUGCAUAUACUACUCAUUUUACUGAAAAUCUAUUCAGUUCAGACUUGAAUGUAAAUUUGUAUUAGGGGAGACUUCUCCAAAGAGGGUUUUCUAGAUACACAGAAGUAGUUCAACUUCUUCUCAAGUUAAUUUUGGUAAGCAGAAUCUACUACUGGCCAGAGCGAUGGGAGUGGCUAGGGGUUGUCAGCCAGUCCCUAUCUAAUGGCCAAGGCCCUGUGCAUCGUGCCACAGGAUUCCCCUGCCCUCUAGCUGGAAGCAGCAAAAGUCCCUCUGCAUGACCCAGUGUGGGAAAGAGAGUUGUCAGGAUGAGAAAGCGGGGUUGCUGGGUGAUGAUAGGACCACCUGACCAAUUCCCCACCUCCACCACCACAGUAAGAGCAAAACCACAGGGCUCCAAAGAGGGGGUGGUUUUAUAAGAUUUUUGAGCAUUUACUAGGAGGUAAUGUGGCAGUAACCUCUGCACGUGAGUUCGGUUCACUUUCUUGUAGCCUCCCACCAUAGAGAUAUGUAUGCCUAGAAGUCAGCUCUCUGAGGAGACAGGCUACUUUGGCCCUAGUUUGAAGCAUUUCUAUCCAAAUGUCCUGAGCUCUCCAGCAGUCAAGUAGUGAAUGGGUACCAUACCUAUUAUUGUUGAUGAAAAGUGGCAGAGAUUAUUAUUCUCAAUUUUUUUGGGCAGGGGAGAGGGAGUAAAAUAAUAGUGGUUCAAGCAGGACACGGCGGCUCACACCUGUAAUCCCAGCACUUUGGGAGGCUAAGUCAGGCAGAUCACUUGAGGUCAGGAGUUCAAGACCUGCCUGGCCAACAGGGGGAAACCCCAUGUCUACUAAAAUUACAGAAAUUAGCCAGUUGUGGUGGAGUCUGUAAUCCUAGCUACUCUGGAAGCUGAGGCAGGAAAAUUGCUUGAACCUGGGAGGCAGAGAUUGCAGCGAGCCGAGAUUGUGCCACUGUACUCUAGCCUGGGCAGCAGAGCAAACUCUUUUGUCUCAAAAAAAAAGAGUAGUGGUGCCACAUAUGGUGGCUCACACCUGAAUCCCAAUACUUUGGGAGGCUGAGGCAGGCAGAUUGCUUGAGCCCAGGAGUUCAAGACCAGCCUGGGUAACAUAUAGCAAAACCCCAUCACUACAAAAAAUUUUAAAAAUUAGCUAGAACCACACAGGGUUCUAAGUGCUCAGGAGGCUGAGGUGGGAGGAUCGCUUGAAUCUGAGAGGUGGAAACUGUAGUGAGCCCUGAUUGCACCAGUGUACUCCAGCCUGGGUGACAGAAUGAGACCCUGUUUCAAAAAAUAUGUAUAAUAAUAGCGGUUUAUGAAAACAGAAAUUCACUAUUCAAUGAAAUACAAAACAGUCUAUGAAAUGCACAGAGGUGAGGGUGGGGCUUAUUUUCUGAGAGAAAGGAAUAAUAUUUGUCUGGUGCAUUCCAGUUUACAAAGUGCCUGAUAUACGUGAUCUCCUUUAAUCUUCACUCAAUCCUGUAAAGUAGGUGUUAGAUUCCCAUUUUACAAGUAAGUAAGUGGAGGCUUAGAGCGGUGAACCGCUGGCAGGUAGGUAGCUGGUUCCAUAACAUCAUUUUCCUGAUGCAUCACAGCAUCGUGCCCAAGGAGAGAGCGGUGGAUGUUGUUGACUCAGAUGUGCCCCCGUUGGGGUGGGAGAAGUUAGGGAUGGGGAUCCGUGAGCCAGGAACUCUGCAGGCUUUGUUUUUAAAAUCUGUUAGACAGAAGUGGAGGAGGAAAGAAUCUAACCAUAUGACUUUUAUAAAAAUCCUUUCACGUCUCCCCUCCCCAUUUGAAAACUCUUUUUAAGAGUGAAUGUAGCUGGACACAACUGUGUCCAGCCAUUUUCCUGCCGCCACAUUCUUCCAGAUGUGUGACAGAGGAGGGACUCUGCCCAAUUCCAGUUGUGGGUCCCCUUGGAGUUUACGUCACUUGUUUUUCAGUUCUUGAUUUUUCUGUUCCCUUCUACCAAAACCCAGCGUAGGCCUCAGUGUACACUUAUUUUAAAACAAAACCUCACAUUCCUUAGCUGCAGGUGAUGGCCUCAGUCAUUUUAAUACCAUCUGGAAUGAGUUUGCUUGUUACCUAGUCACUUGCAUAGUAAAUGUUCAAACCCCAAAGCAAAUGUUUGCAUCUCCUUGUCCAUAAAGGAGAAAAAGCCAGGUUAUAGGAGAAAGAAAGGGAAAGGUGCAUGUCUGUUUGCACAGAGAGAGGCAAUUUUGUUUACCUUUUGAGAAUCGGUUAUUAAACAGAAGGGCCUUUUAGGAUUUUGAGCUCUCCUAACAAUGAAAGAAAAGCUCUUGAGUAUACAAGUUCCACACUCAUUACCUUUCAUUGGUGACCCAUCACCCGCUAGAAUUUGUUGAAGGAAGGAAUGUCAGAGAUGUGCUUUAAAAUUGUACUUUAGGCUGAAAGUCUCCAUAUUUGUCUUUUUUUUUUUUUUUUAGAGACAGGGUUUCACCAUAUUGGCCAGGCUGGUCUAGAACUCCUGACCUUAAGCAGUCCACCCGCCUCGGCCUCCCAAAGUGCUAGGAUUACAGGCAUGAGCCACCAUGCCCGGCCUGUCUCUCCAUAUUUGGACCUGCAGAUGUGUACAGAGCCGAUGCAUGUCAGAGUCAGGAAGCUGGGAAGCUGGUGAAGGCACUUAUGGAGACAGCCCUGUAGCAAAUGAAAAUUGGGAGCCUCCGGGAAUGUGCUGUGUCACCAGAAGCAGACAUUUCCCGGUCCUCCCCACCCUCGUCUCCAUGUUCCCAGCAGCCUCUUCCAGAAGCAUGUCAGGGAGACAGACAGGUGCUCUCCCUCUCGUGCACCACAUCCAAGUCCACCCACCAUGGACGCAGCGUGACUAAAUGCUGGCCUUGAACAGAAGCCCUCCAGCCAGCUUGUCUAUUGUCCAGGUCCCUCAGUGUCUCUGGUUUCCCUGCCCUGCAUAAUUUAAGCAUUAGUGCUAAAUACAUCUGUCAUUUUUCACUCCCUGGAGACCGUGAAAUGUCCAGACUUUUUUCACACUAGUGGAGGGAAGGAAUGUUACACAACUAAGUGGAGGCUGGGAACUAUCAGGACUUGAUAGGGCAGAGAGCCUUCGGCCUCUGCCUAGUGUGUCUGUCUGGCAGGAAGCAGCUAUCAGUCCAAGAAUGAGCCACGGCGGCAAGCAGUGUGUGGAAAAGGGAACCCAGCUAAGUUCUGAGUUUCAGACAGAAACUGGAGAGUUGGGAUAUCUGCUCUGUGCCAGGUUUCAUUGACACCAUCGCUCCCCAUAGCAGCUCUUUGGGGGUAGCGGGGUCACCUGUGUAGCCGCCCUUACUCACAGUAGCAUCCUAUUCAUACCGCAGCCGCUCGGCACUGUAGACCCUUCCAGGAAGGUGCCAGGAGCCAGUAGACACAGGGCAUUCCCAGAGAACCCCAUCUUAUCACAGACAGCCUUCCCUCCAUACUUCUUUCCACAGUUUUACCCUCAGAAAAAUGCUGUCUGCAGUCUUCCCUUCCUUCCCUUCCUUCACAUGCUACCCCGCACCCCCACCACCAUGGAAGGGUCAGUAACCAAUGCCGAGGGUGGGGGAUGGAGGAGGCGCAGGCAAGCCAGGUACUCAAUGCAGUGCUCCCCGCUAUCAUCAGGGACAGGAUGUAGGGUCAGCUGCAGCUCCUCUUCAGGGAGCAGGGUGUGGUGGGCCUGGAUGGUCCCAGGGAGCAGAAGGAGUCAGGCAGCUGUCCCAGCCACAGGGGCUCCAAAUGGCUUAGCUGUUAUCAUGCAUUCAAGUGCAGGAUACUGCAAACUGGUAAAGACUUCCACCAUGUACAGAAUGUAUGUAAAUUAAAGUUCUAUGUAAUGAAAGUUUUUCCUUCUUGCAAUUAAAAGUGUCGGUUGAUAAGAA